AUGCUAAACGCACGAGUUCAGAGCCGCAUUUUACCCGACAGUAGUCGCGGAUCUGUCUUUAGUCCGUUGGUAAAUAAUCUACACCACAAAAAUGCCCAGAAAUAUCAGGAUUUGGCGCACUGGUACUGUCGGACCGCGGGGGUGGACGAGGUCAAAAACCGGUCAUCUGCACUUCUUACUGCUCACGUUCUCCUCGCAUACUACCACCAUGCGUCGACAAAUCAUGUCAACUUUCGAUUAGCAGUAGCCGAUUCUGUCCGUUUCGUUCUACAGAAUAGAGCAAGUAUCAUGAACUCCAUACAUGGGGCUGAUGCUUUGCAAAUGUGGUACCGUCUGUGCACUUCUCACCGACCGGCGAAGCCACCUGCCUUGCUCCUAGAAGGAGAAGGAGCCAGUUUGUUUGGGCCGAAUCUCCUUCCCGACGCUACUGAGCAUCUUUAUCUCAAGUGUAUCCUCGGGAUGAGUGUGGAUGACCUUAUCUACGAUAUACUUAUCAGGACGCUAGAAAUCCGGACAAAGUUGGUGGUGUUUCGUAGUGUUGCAGGGAGCUUCCAGGUAUCGGAGUUCUCAAGCGGGAUAGGCAGUCUCACUCAUGAAGUCUUGAACAAACUGCUUGGGAGACAAUGUGCACCGGAUGAGUACGCUGAAGCCCGGGAAGGAUUUGUCCGUGGAUAUCAUCUCCUAGGCAUGUUAGAGGUUCAAAAAGAACGACUGAAAGUGUGGCGUUCUAGGCUCCACGCUGAUCAGAUGCCUGUCGAUUGCCUUUCGAACUCGCUUGCACGGAAUCAAAUAACUUCGAAACCUUCACAUUCCAUGCAUCGGAGCUUCCCAACGCAUCGGGACGCCAUGAACGCCCUGUAUUGCAUGCUCUGCGAGAUUGCUUUCGAAGAAGCCAAUCAAAGUUUCACAUCGGAUGGGUUAGUCCUAGCCAUUUAUGAGUCUAGCGCAACUCCGAUUGAGAACAUGGCGUACAAUGUGUGUCAGAUUGCCGGCAACCUGAACUUCAGUGCAUCGAAUACGUCCGAUAUAUACACCCUUAGCUUGGCCGAGGUCCUCCUCCAACUUGUUUUUCUUUCGCGAUCAGACGCACUUUUACACUACAUUUUGGAUGUCCUAUGGCCACAGCUGGAGAAAACUGGGAGAGGCUAUGAGCACUCGCAUUACCCCACGCAGCUCGUCAAGCGGAUCAUCGCCCAAAUUGCUGUAUUUUGGGAGAAUAACCGGGUCGUAACUCUUGCGUUGCCAGCAGUUGCAGAGGAUAUAUCGAAAUUGAAGUUGUUAGAUAUUACUCAUCCGGUAGACCUGGUGGUCUGUGGAUACAACAAGGGAGGGAGACAUUUUAUUGAGAAAGUUCCACUUCCAUGA